AUGGAGAUUACUGGAGCUGGAGAACAGCAUCCUACCUAUGACCGUCUCAAAGAACUGAAGGCCUUUGAAGAAUCAAAAGCUGGUGUGAAAGGAGUAGUUGACUCUGGAAUUGUAAAGAUCCCUCGAAUGUUCGUUCGACCACUGGAUGAGCUCACUGAAGAGUUGGAUCAUAUUGAAAUUGAAAACAGCAAUUUUGAGAUUCCUGUGAUUGAUAUGGAAAGCCUGGAUCAAGAUGGCCAUCGCCGACGCAAGGAAAUUGUCGAUGAAGUUCGACGUGCAUCGGGGACUUGGGGUUUCUUCCGGGUGCAUGUUUUAUACUUAUUCGAUCUCUAUGUAUCAAAAUAUGCUAACUGGAGAGACACUCUAAGAUGUAACCUAUUAUCUCCAGAUCCUCUUGAUCCUCAAGAACUGCCAGACACUAGCAGAGAUAUAAUAGUUGAGUAUUGGAAGCAUAUUACGAAGUUGGCAGAUACAGUUUCCGGGUUGUUAUCAGAGGCUCUAGGAUUAGAAAAAGACCACCUUAAAAGGAUUUUUACUGAUUUCUUGAUACUUAGUGGUCAUUACUAUCCAGCAUGCCCUGAACCUGAACUAACCUUAGGGGCAAGUAAGCAUUCAGACGCGAGUUUUUUUACACUUCUUCUCCAAGAUCAUAUUGGUGGACUACAAAUUCUUCAUCAGAAUCAGUGGGUCACUGUAAAACCCAUCCCUGCAACUCUAAUAGUAAACAUCGGAGAUCUUCUUCAGCUUAUUAGCACUGACAAGUUCAAAAGCGCUGAACACAGGGUACUAGCCAAUUGCAAUGGACCUAGAGUAUCAGUGGCAUGUUUUCUGAAUACAAAAUUCAGUGAUAACACAAAGAUUAUUGGUCCUUUGAAAGAGAUACUAUCAGAGGAGAAUCCCCCUAUUUACAAAUAUAUUACGAUGAAAGAAUACACUGAGCAUUACGCUAAGAAAGGACUUGACGGUGUUUCCGCCCUUGAUCACUUUCAGCUGUCAAGUUAUUAGUUGAUACAGCCUAUGGGUGUCUAUGGUUUUCUUUCUUGGGGUUUGUUUGUAAGUGUUUAUGCAAUUAUGCUAUGAAAACAAAACAGCAAUACCACCGACACAGUAAUCUACAACUUUAGAGAUUUUACAAUUGCAGCUAACCUUCAAAUCAAACAAGCAUAUAAAUAAGGAUAGAUAAAAUUGGAUGACCAGUAAACAGUUGGGACACAAAUCAUAGUACGCAGACAUUAGGGAAACGAAGAACUGUAAACGGAAAAUGAAAUCAUAUCCUAGCAGCGAGU